CAAAUAUAUAAAUCAAAAGAAACACACACACAAAGGAGAGCAGAAACUUUAAAGAGAAAAUAUGAAGUUGGCUGCAAUCUUCUUGGCUUCUUGUAUCUUAUUCUCCCUAGUCCCAAGCAACUUUUCACAAGGUGAAGAACCAAGUGUCACCGCUGCGAGAAGGCCGUGGUGUCCAUCGAAAAAGCAAGUGUUCAGUGGUUCGUGCUCAAGCGAUGGAGCACAACAAUGUCUAAAUGACUUGUUAAGUACUUGGGAUCCAAGUGUUAGGCUUAGCCCAAUCUCCUGCAAUUGCACUCCUCAAUCCAACAACAAUCGUCUCUGCAAUUGUCCUAAUAUGAUUUGCCCUUAAAACUUAACAAGACCCAAAACUUUUGUUCUAAAUAAGACCCAACAACAUUCCGUCUAUUAAUAAGACCCAGAAAAGUAUCAUUACAAUAAUGUUUUUAAAAUUAUACUCGCAUCUCUAAAUAGAUGCGGAAACUAGUUUUUGUUUUGAGUGAUUAUUUGAAUUAUCAACGGUUCAACAAA